AUGUCAGAAACCACUCAAAAUAUAACAUGCAAAUGGAGUGGCUGCACGCAUCGAUUCGGCUCAGAAGUCGAUAUGAACAUGCAUGUAAUGAUGAAUCACAUGAUUUUGCUGAAUUAUGGCGAUUUUGUGUUGAAAAAACCGUUGGUUAAUAGAAAAAGACCGGCGGAACCUCAACCUGAGCCGUCACCAGAAAUUUCCGAAGUGUCGCCAGUCGUUCGGCAGCUAACAGCCACCGUAAAAGUCGAAUCAAGACCUCCAGAAGUUGCUCCUGAAUCCAUCCCAAUUCCUCCAAAAAAGCCAGUAAAACCCGACUCAUCAAGCUCCGCCCCCUUGCCCAUACCGCCCAUUUCAAUUCCUCCAAACCUUGAAGUCCCUAUUCAAUCUCGACAAGUCGCUGAGAAUCUACAAAAUUUUUUUAAUUCUAAUUGGAAUCCGACGGCUAUCGAAAUGGAUUCAGAUGCCACGUCACUUCAGAAUGGAGAUGUGCUGGAGCAGAUGGAUGCGAUUAUGGCAGCGCCCCAAAAACUGAGUGACGUCAUCGACGAGAUUCUCGAACGUCUCCGACCAAUGAAACAGUUGGGAUUCAUCCGAGAGACCCGGCCGGUCUACUGUCUCAUCUGUCUGAAAUACGUGAAAUCAUUCCAUGAGUGUAAUUGGAAACACACGCCCGCCGAGGAUCGAAUCGCCGAAAUGUGGUAUCGUCGAUUCGGAAAAGAACGCCCAAACGGAAAGAAUCAAUUAAUGAAGGAACUUCUGGAGGUCAAAGGUUGGAUAUUGGAGGAGGAAGAGGCUGGAAACUUGCAGGAUAUCAAUUUAUAA